ACAUCAUCCUCCAUCGAAACAAAGUUUUCGAUGCAGCAACUUCCAAUCUCCGCGUAGCAUUUUUGCUUCCGGUCUUUCUCAGAAACUGCUACACUUCGCAGUAAACAUGGCUUCGCAGCCCCAGCAAUUUUGGAGCGAGUCCGACCAACGGUGGUUGAGGUCAGGUUAUGACAUAAAUUGCCAGAAAGUAUUUCAUGAAUACUAUGACGCACUACAACAACAGUGGGCGUUUUUCAGAUGGGCAGAACGAAACGAUUCUUCCUAUGUCUCUGGCCCUGCCGAAUAUCCCCGCGGGGAAGGACCACGGCCUACUACGUUCGACACAAAGACUUUUUCCAACCAGGAAAAGUGUUCUCGGUUCUUUUCACAGAGUCAGCUGGUAAUACAGCCAUGACUAACUACAAACGUGAUGAUAUUACAACGAUUAGGUUUGGGGAAAUGGUUCACGCCCAAAUCCGACGCUUCAUCGUUGUCCAGCAGAAACGAGAAUUCUGUUACGCUCUCCCAAUCUUCACUUACAACAAACAAGGGACGAAGAAACCCGGUGUGGUACCGUCUGAACACGCCAUAGCUUAUAGCUAUGGUUACGAGCCUAUUUUACUACCAGGGGAAGCGCGACUUGAGAAAGACCCAAUAUGCAUUGUUUCAAAUGAUUCGGAGCCCCUGAGUACAGCGUCAAGAAUAUAUUUCGGUAUUCAUCAUCCUAUCCAAUAUAAUGUUAAGGUGAAGGAUCUUGGAGGUUACAGGACAAGACGGUUAUUCAGCGACAGCGACGGGAAUCUUUACCCAGACGCAAAACUCAGCCUGGACACAUCAAGAGAACGAGAAUACUUUGAGCCCGUUAAGAAUCCGCGCGCGUUUUUCAAGAAAGGUCGGGUUUUCGAGUCUUCACAAUGGGGAUCUCAGUUGUCCGCAGUAGUGAAACCCACGCCCACUCAUGCUGUCUGUCUACCGAUAUUCCAAAAAGGAUAUGCAUAUCCAAGUAGAGAACAUGCGGACAUAGUGUUCACUACCGAGGCAUAUACCCAACAAGAAGUCAACGAUCAGAGCCCUAAUCGAGCGAUAUAUGUCAAGAAAGAAAAUGACAAUGUCCCGAUCCAAUCAGAUAUGUGUAUGGAUUUUGCUAAACCGUAUACGAUGGAGUACGACAUUCAGGUUUGCAACAUCGGGCGGGUGUUUGGAGACUCCGUAGGGUAUAUGGAGAAGAGAUUUGCGGAAAGCUUAGGUUUGGCCAGGUCUGAGUGA